ACAGCGCGAGUAAAGAAGCAGGAGAGAAUGGUUGGCCGUGAUCAGGACCGUGUAAACAGGGGAGAUGUUUUCCGUCUGUAUGCAAAAAGCUCUGUGCGUAUAACCGUGUGUCAGUCCAGGUGUUACAGUAAAUGGUAAGAGUUUGUUCCGUAAAGCCGGACUUAUUGUGCGUGAGAGAGAGUGGACGACAGAUGCUGUGCAGGUUGAAACCAGGAAGUCCAGACAUCAACACAUAAAUACUGUUGUCAUGCAGGUUCAUCAUGUAAAAAAGCUGUUUUAUCACAUAAAGACAUAUUGUCUAGAAUGAAGUUUGUCCUCAGAAUAUUGUUCUUAGCUCUUGUUUGAUGAAGCUUACAGUCAGGCAUUGUUGACUUGCUGCAGACUAAUAGAGCACACCAGUGGGUCUGUAGUUGAACUUCAAUAGGCUCUGCUUGUAUGUGCAUAUUGUUCACAAACAAGCAGUAUUUGAGCUGGUAAACAGCAUCAUCGUCAAGACCUCCCACCUGCUGUAGCCACAUAUAUCUCAUCAAGAUUUUGGCAGAGUGGCUGCCAUUAGAAGCUGUGUUUCCAGGAACCUCAAACAUUACUGAUGUAUACAGGGAAAGAGUAAAUGUGAGCUGAUUAAGUGACAUUCAGCCAUGACUGAGGAACCAGCAGCAGAGAUCCAGCUCCUCAGAAGCCAGAAGGCCAAGCUGAUAGAAAUUCUAAGUGCUGAUGCCGACUUUGUCCUGCAGCACGCGGACUCUCGCUGUCUGCUCUCUCCUCACGGCUACCAGCAGGUGAAAGCUUGCCGUAUUCCCAGUGAGAAGGUUACAGACCUGCUGGAUCACAUCAUCCAGAGGGGGCCUGAAGCAGCACAGGGUCUGCUGGAACUACUGAACAACCAGGCCCUGCAGGAAACCUUCCCAAUGCUUCGCUUUAUUAAAGAUCUGCAAGUCAACACACUGUCUUCAGGCAACAAACAAACAUCAAGAAAGAGACAAACAGCUCCUGAAUUACAAGAGAUCUUCCCACCCAAAAAGAUCUGCAACAAUGAUCCUGGAGGGAGAUUGGCAGACUGGCGCUGGACAUCCCUUCUGUGAAGCUGGAACAGAUUGAAGAGGAUCAUUCGCUCCAUGUGGAGCGGGUGUUUGCUAUGCUGCGCUACUGGCGUAGCUGCCAGAGGGAAAAAGCCACUGCUGCUCACCUGCACUCCCUGCUCAGUCAGAAAGACUGGGCGCUGCCUCC